AUGGGCAAAGACUACUACAGAGUUCUCGGUGUCGACAGAAGUGCUGGAAAUCAGGAAAUAAAAAAAGCGUACCGGAAACAAGCUCUUCGGUGGCAUCCUGAUAAAAAUCCUGAUAAUCGCGAAACUGCAGAACAUAAAUUUAGAGAUAUAGCAGAAGCGUUUGAUGUAUUGAGUGACCCUAAGAAGAAGCAAAUAUAUGAUCAGUUCGGAGAGGAGGGAUUGAAGGAUGGCGGGCCAGGCUGUGGAUUCGGACCCGGUGGCAU